CCACAGCCACCGCCGCCGCCGCCGUUGUCGUCGUCGUCGUCGUCGUCCCCUUUCGUUUUCUGACCACACGCAAUCUUCCGCUCGGUCGUGCACGCACUCGGUCCGCCUUGUAAUAUACGCGCUACACCCGGUGGUGGUGGUGCAUUCGCCGCUGACCGAAACCGUCCGUCACCGUGUCCUGCCAAAAUCCGCGAAAGAUGAGAGGGCGCGUUCCGGCCACGUUCGCCGUGCGCGCAUUUUACGCGAUGGCGUGCACCGCGGCCGCUGUGCUAGGCGUCCGUGGCGCCGACGACAGUCUGCGGUCCGCGCUGGAAGCCAUUUCGGACAAACUAGGAUCGACGCCCCCGCGGAUGGCCGCGGCCGCUGUCUACUUGAACCCAGAUGACGGUCAACCGGAAGAUAUUGGCUAUGGUUAUCAAAAAAACUUAAGAAAUUUAGAAAAUUUAUUUGAACAAGAAGUUCGAGUGCCAAGCAAUAAGAUUAAUAAAGAUGAAAUGGCUGAAAAGUUUCUGAAUUAUUUGGCAAAUGAAAGUCCUCAGUACAAUCAAAAACCGUGGAGCAAAAAGUCAAUAUUCCGCGAAAGAGAAGGUUCUGACAUGCCGGACAAUUUGCAACAACUGAAAUAUGAUAGAUACGCAACGCCUUCUGCUUUUCGUGAACGAUACAAAACUAAUGCCAACAUAGAACAAGAUUACAAAAACAAUAUGGAAGAUCAAGACGAUUAUUUGUACGCUUUAAAUACGCUCAUAGACAAAUACAUCGAAGAAAAUGUACAAGGCAUGUCAGACGAAGAACUGGAGAGUUUUCUGAGGUCCCAAGAAAAAAAACGUAACAUACCGGAUGAAUAUCAAAAUGUUUACGACCCUUAUUAUAAAAGGGGAAGCCCAACGAAAAGGCAAUUUUUUUUCAUCCCCAGAUAUCAGACGAGAAGAAACAAUAAGUAUCGAAGUAAAUGGGUAAAGCCGAGAUUAAUGAAGAGAUCAAAGAAAAAUAUAGCAUUAAAUGAACCGCAUACAGACCCAAAAGUAGCCGCUGAGCUAAAUAAUAUUUUUCUUGGAUCAGAAUCAAACACAAACGCCAACACCACAACAGCCAUAAAUAAUAGUGUCAAUCAAACUGCAAAACCAGAAGUGGACGGUAAAAACCUCAAAAUAGAAUUGAAAAAAAAGUCCAUCGAUUGGAAUAAUUAUUUUGGAUACGAUCGAAAGAAAAAAUCGAUCGAUAAUAUACCAUCCGAUGAUACCAUUUUAAAUCAAUAUAUGCGUACGUAUGGGAAAGAAGGUGAUGACAACGAAGACAUGAAUACUAUUAAUCUAAAAGAUGACAAAUUAAUGUGGAUGGAAGAUGCACUUAUCAACGACGCACUGAAAUAUACAGGAGCUAAUCAAGGAACAAAUGAUCCAGAAGAAAUAAAUAAUGUCAAAAAUCAUGUACUUGCCAACUUGAAUCAAGCAUACAACAUCGAACAACUUAGACAUUUAAAUAACGAGAUGCAAGAAAAACAAUAUGAAAAAUCAGAUUUUGUUAUGCCUGCAGAAAAUAACAGUCAACCUAUGAAUUCGUUGGAUAUAGCUGAGUCAAAUAAAGAAGCUGAUCAUAACGAAUGUACUCAACUUCUACAAAUAACUCAGAACUGUUUAGAAUUGGGGGGAUCAGCUGGAGACUUAAUGUUGCCAGUGUGUAUGCUUUACCGUGUUUGCAGAACUUGUGAAUCAGAGCAAUCAGAAUGUGAAGCAAAAUUCAUACAAGGAUCUCACGAACUGUGUAGCAAAGCUCCGCUGUGUAGAUACUUUUCACGGCGUAUACUACAACUCAUGCAAGAACAUCCACUACAAAUACAAUGUCAUAAGUGCAUGGUUAACUUUUUACAGAAUGAAGAUUAAUAGAUGAAUUUUUAAUAAUAUAAUUUUAUCAUAAUAUUAACUAAAAAAAAUGGGAAACUAUGCCUAUAACUUAAUAUAAUAUAAUAUAUAUAUAUUUAUAUAUGUAUACAAAAGCUUAAAUUAUAAUCAUUUAGAUGGUGCUAAUCUGUCUCAGAGUUACCAACUUUGUUUUUGCUGAUAUAUGCGAGUUAAAAAAAAAUAAAGAAGUAGUUCAUUCAAUGCGUCAUAUAUACUUAAUAAAUAUUACAUAAUAUUCAUAUAUACAUAUAUACAUAUAUAUAUAUAUAUUAAAAUAAUAACAUAAAUUAGUUAUUUGAUGAUUGUCAUUGGUAUUGUUAUAAUCCAAAUAAACUUAAGACGGCUUAAUCAUAUUAAAAUGUUUUUUAACG